AUGCCAAUCCCAUCACUUUUCCCAAAACUACGAUGGCGCACCUCAUCCUUAACCUCAAAUCCAGAUAACAUAGUCCGCCAACCAAGCAAAGAAGACGCAAACUACCACACGGAAUCCAACCCCACCUAUCUAAAACUCCUCCAAACCGCAUCAGGCCGCCGACGCCGCCCCAUCAAACCCAGCAGUAUCCCUCUCCACAGCUGGAACUACAAAGACCAAGAAUUAUGGAUCUUCAGAAUCCUAGUCGAGAUCUGCAAUCGUCCGGAUUAUAAUGCAUAUGAUAUUGUGAAGAAUUGGAGUAUUGAACAUGAGUUGGAUGAUUUGUAUGAUUUGGAUGAGGAGGAGUGGUCGAAGGUUCUAGGGAGUUGGAGGGAUGCUGAGAUUGUUUAUAGGAUUUUGAGGGAAGCGGAGGAGAAGAUGAAGAUGAAGAAGGAGAAGGAGAUGAAGAUAUGUAGUUUGGGGUUUUGGAGGAGGAGGAGGGGGAAUUAUUCGUGGGUUUCUGCGGAGGAGAAGUUGCGGGAUUCAGGUACUGGUGAUGGGGCUUCGCUUAGGAGGGUGGGGGAAAUGUAUCGGUAUUAUGAUACAUGA